GUAGACUUGUGCUCAGAUUUGGCGAGAGCAACAUAGAGACUACGUAUACAGGAAGGGCAGGCAAAGCGGAUCUCUGCUAUAAAAGUGACGUAAAUGCCUUCCAGUAAUGUGAUUCUCAGUCAGCAGGCAUUUCAGCAGUACCUCAGUGGUGGCUGACUACAUCAUAAUUGCUUAAUUUAACUUAUUUAUUUUAUAUAUCUGAAUUUGUAAAGAAUUAUACUUUUGGACAAAUUAGUCAAAAUGUUAUGUUUAUGUUUAACUGUGCCAGUUCUGGAUAAUUUGGAAAGGGAGUUUGAAUACUUUGAAUCAGAACGGCUGCCUGCUAAGUUAAAAUCUUUGUUCAGGCUUAGCCUUUUCAUCCCUUCACAGGAGUUAUCAACCUAUCGUAAGUGGAGACAGAAAGUUGUAAAAGCUGGUGACAAAGACUGUGAUGGCCAACUGGAUUUUGAAGAAUUUGUGCAUUAUUUAAAAGAUCAUGAGAAGAAACUCCGACUGGUUUUCAAAAGCCUGGACAGAAAAAAUGAUGGUAAAAUUGAUGCACAAGAAAUCAUGCAGUCAUUACGUGACCUUGGAGUACAUAUUUCAGAGCAGCAGGCAGAAAAGAUCCUGAAACGAAUUUGGAGAGGGCACCUCUGGGGCCCUAUUGUAUACAUGGAUACAAAUGGAACAAUGACGAUUGACUGGAAUGAGUGGCGAGAUUAUCACCUUUUACAUCCAGCAGACAACAUUCCUGAAAUAAUCCUGUACUGGAAGCACUCCACAAUCUUUGAUGUAGGUGAGAGUUUAACAAUCCCAGAUGAAUUCACAGAGGAAGAAAAACAAACUGGGAUGUGGUGGAGGCAGUUGGUGGCAGGGGGAGGUGCAGGUGCUGUGUCCAGAACAUGCACUGCUCCCCUUGACCGGCUCAAGGUGCUGAUGCAGGUGAGUUUUCCAUUUUGUUGCAAAUGUCAGCUACUUAAUUGAAACACCAAUGUUACUGGAUCAGAAACCUUCUGUUUCCUCACUGUUCGCUCUUUUGCAUGUUUACUCUGUGUGCAGACUGAUGAAUUUGCCCACUGGGCCCUUGGAAUGAUUGAGUAAUUGGACAGUUAUUUAAUGACUGACUUCUCUUUCACCUCCUUCCCCUCUUGAGCACACAUGUGCAUGCCUCAAAAGCGUGUAUCUCUGAUCUCUCAGGGUUCAUCAAAAACCUGGCCCUUGAGUCGUAAUCAGGACUAGGAAGUGGGGCUGAUGCAUUUUCUUCCUUCUCUCUGACUUCUAUCACUGAUGUAUUGAAGUCAGUUGCUAUAUCCUUGUCAUGCUAGAUGAGAUCAGCUAGCUUAAUGAAAACAAGCCAGCUGCAGGAAAAUUUGAAGAGUAAACCCUUACUGCAGUUUACCUGGGUUACCUGCCUCAACAGUCAGAAAUUGCAACAACCAAUAAGAGAUAUGGCUGCAACUACAAGAAAUAUGUAGUGUAAUUAUGCAUAACCCUUAGUGCGUUUGUGACUUGCAUGUUUUACGUCAAAUGGAUACAUUUUAGGGCCUGAGCACCUUGUCCUGUGUGCUAUCUCUGGCUCUCCUCAGACAAAGAUUUUAACCUCCCUCCCCUCCCCAUUCAGCAUAUAUGCCAAUCUUUUCCGAGCAGCAAUCAGUUCUGAAGAAGGGUCAGUUGACCUGAAACAUUAACUCUGUUUUCUCUCCACAGAUGCUGCCAGACCUGCUGAGUUUCUCCAAGCUAUUUCCAUUUUUGUUUCUGAAAUUCUUGGGGUUUUUUGUAUUAAUUUAAAUGUUGAUGGUUAUGGACAGAACCACUUCAUCUGUUGUUUUCCUGUUUUUGAAAAUGAAAGGGAACAAUUGAUUCAAAGGAAAAAG